UGUAAAGAUUUAUUAUACUGUAAGAAACACUUUUAUCGUUCAAUAAUACUUAUUAAAAGAGAUAAAUGAUAUCGUGCAUUAAGAGUUACAUAAGGCCCAUAUUGUCCAGCACUACGUUUGUUUUUGAUUUUGAGAGAAUAUUUUAUACCACCAUGGUGAAGUAUUUAAAUCAGCAGGAAAGUAUCAACAUUGACAAGGAUUUAUUUGAAAAGUAUAAAUUCAGCGUAGAUCAAUUAAUGGAGCUUGCUGGACAGAGUUGUGCGUUUGCCAUUGCUCACAAUUAUACGUCAUUAAAAAAUUCUAAGGAGAAAAUUCUUGUCUGUUGUGGACCAGGAAAUAAUGGUGGCGAUGGACUUGUCUGUGCUAGACAUUUAAAACAAUUUGGAUAUAGUCCAGAGGUCUAUUAUCCUAAAAAAACAGAUAAUACGCUGUAUCAGAAUUUGUUGUUUCAGUGCACUGAGAAUGAUAUUCCAUUGAUGGAGAGCAAUUUAGAAGAUUUUGCUCGAACAAGGUUGUCUGAAUUUGGCCUUAUAGUAGAUGCUUUGUUCGGAUUCAGUUUUAAACCACCUGUAAGAGAAUUGUUUAUUCCAAUUGUCCAUCUGAUGAUAAAUACAACUCUACCCAUCUGUAGUAUAGAUAUACCAUCAGGUUGGGACGUUGAAAAUGGACCACCCACAAGUGGUGGAAUAAAACCAGAAAUGCUGGUUUCGUUGACAGCACCAAAGAUGUGUGCUACAAAAUUUCAAGGAAAAUAUCAUUAUUUAGGUGGACGAUUUGUACCCAAAAAGUUAGAAAAAAAAUACGAUCUUAAUUUACCAGAGUACCAGGGAACCGAUUUAAUUGUUCCUUUGCAUUUACUAAAAUAAAUACAACUAUCGUAUCAUUUUGUAAGCAAUACUUUUAUAUUUGCUUGUAAUAUAAAAUAUAAAAUAUAUGAAAUAUAUGUAUACGUUA